GUGCGUUCCGCUGGAGAAUUCUGGCCCUUCCGCCGCGUCGUAGGUUUGUUGCCUCACCAGUGCGCCCGCCGGAGGGAGUUUACUGCGGCCAGGGAGAUGUCGCUGCUGCGGUCGCUGCGCGUGUUCCUGGUCGCGCGGACCGGGAGCCACCCGGCUGGGUCUCUUUUGCGUCAGUCGCCCCAGCCAAGGCACACAUUUCAUGCUGGGCCCCGUCUGUCUGCCUCGGCCUCCAGCAAGGAGCUCCUCAUGAAGCUGCGGCGGAAAACAGGCUACUCUUUUGUAAAUUGCAAGAAAGCUCUGGAGACUUGUGGCGGGGACCUCAAACAGGCAGAGAUCUGGCUCCACAAGGAGGCCCAGAAGGAGGGCUGGAGCAAAGCUGCCAAGCUCCAAGGGAGGAAGACCAAAGAAGGCCUGAUUGGGCUGUUGCAGGAAGGAAACACAACUGUAUUAGUAGAGGUAAACUGUGAGACAGAUUUUGUUUCUAGAAAUUUAAAAUUUCAACAGUUGGUCCAGCAAGUAGCCCUUGGAACCAUGAUGCAUUGUCAGACCCUAAAGGAUCAACCCUCUACAUACAGUAAAGGUUUCUUGAAUUCCUCUGAGCUUUCUGGACUUCCAGCUGGGCCUGACAGAGAAGGCUCACUCAAGGAUCAGUUGGCUUUAGCAAUUGGUCUGCCUUUCCAAAUUGGAGCUAUCUCUGAACUUCAGCUUCCGGAAUCCAACUUCUUGCAGAACACCUCCUCUUGACUGCUCUAAGCACCUUAAAAAUGACACCCUCAAGAUGUAGCUCUUCUUUACUAAACUUGUAUCUGAGUCUCCACUUUUGAUAGGUGGUAUCCAUCUAGUCACCUAAGGCAGAAACCUGGGAGUUUCCCAGAAGCCCCCCAUAUCCAAUGAGUCACCAGGGCUGACCAAUUUUACCUCCUAAGCAUUUGUCAAAUCUGUCACCAUCCCUCCAUCCCUACUCCACUGCCCUUAUGUGGGCCCACAGUAGCUCUUGACCAUGACAAUAGUCUACUGACUGCCUUUGUUCCCCCAAAGGCCCAUAUCCUCUGCAUGUGGAGUCCGUUGCUAUUGAUCCUAAGAUUAAAAUGAUGAUAGGAUGAUGAUAGGAUGGCUGGAUUUUUCCAAAGCAAGGUGGGAAAAUGCCCAGGAUGGUGAGUUUCAAACAUCAUUCUCAAACAUCACCCCUGGAAAAAAACCCAGGCUUUCUUUUGGUCACUGCUGACAAAGGUUUGAUUGAGCUGGGGAUGGUCCAGGGCUACCCUGGGUUUAUCCUAGGGUGGGAAUACUACACAAAAACAACCCUUACUGUGGGAGUCUUUGUCAUGUUCUGACUUGUGCAGCUGUGUCUUACCUGGUCCCAGGUAUCUAGGAGCAUCACGUCACCGGGGUUAAGGUCAUCCUGGGUGAAGUCUGUGAUCUCAGUGACAAUGAAUUGGCCGGUCUUAUUGGAACAUUCAAAGAGACGGGACUGGACGUCUAGGAUUUCCUGCUGAAGUCUGCAAUAUAGUCCAUUUAAGGGCACCGAGCUGCUUAGAAAUGUUUUUAAAACUGAGAGUUUAGCCUUUGUGCAAUUCACAAGCCUGGCAGGCAGGGGGAGCCCAGAAGAGGGGGAGGCUGUGUUCCCAUACCUUUUGUCACUGGCAUAGGGAGUUUUCCCUCCCAGUAGGUCCCAGAACUCGGCCGGCUCCUGGCCCUCGGCCACAGUGUUCUCGCUGCCAUCACAGAGAAGGCUGGCCAGCUCCUUAGCCAUUGCCCGCUCAUCCCCACUAGACCCCUGAGAGUGGGGCGAGGAGAGCACAGGUGUUAGUUGCACAGGGGCACUUUGAUGUGGAAAGAAAAGCAUCUGAGACUAAUAACUCCGUGUGCCAGGAUCAGCUACCAAGCCACAGUCCCUCAGCCUGGGAAGACAGACAAGUUUGUUCUAGUGCUGGGGAGUGGAGAGGAAAACAGUGUGGGGCAAAGAACAGGACUAGGCUUUGAAACCCACAGUGGGUGUUGGCAAAAGUCACCUUUGUUUCAGCUUCAGUUGGAAUUUAAGCACCUACUUUUGAUUUUUAUUUUAGAGAAAAAAUUUAAAUUUAUUCUUAAAAGUAAAAUAUACUCUUUUGACAUACAAUUCUAAGAAUUUUCACAAGCCAGAAUCAUGUUAUUACCACCACAAUAAAGGCACAGAACAGUUUCUUCCUCAGUCCGUCCCAAAAUUAUCUGGGGCUGCGACCCCUUUGGAAUCAAAGCCUCCCUGAGUCCUUAACCUCUGGUAACCAUGAAUCUAUUCUCCAUCACUAUAAUUUUACCUUUUCCAGAAUGCUAUAAGUGGAGUCAUACAAUAUUUAGCCUUUGAGUCUGGCUUCUUUCUCUUAGCAGAAAGCAUAUGAGAUCUCUGUUGUGUUUACCAGAGGCUCAUCCCUUUUUAUUGCUGAGUAGUAUUCCAUCAUGUGGAUGUACUACUGUUUGUUUAUCCAUUUUUCAGUUGGGUUGUUUCUGAUUAUGAAUAAAGGUGCUAUAAACAUUUGUGCACAGG